UCUGCUUCAGCUCACUGGAGAUCUAACGGAUCCCUGCUGCCUGCUGAAGGAUCCACUGGCCUUGGAAGGAUAGAGGGGGGAUCUACUAGAUUACCAGAGCCCCCCAAUGUGAUCCUGUGUGCCCCUCCUGAACCUACCCCUCCUGUGCAGCAAUCCAGAGCGGGACACAUCAAUGUCGGAUGGCCGCAGACCCCCCCUGGUGCAUCUCGCUGACCUGAUCCGGAAUGAGGGCAUUUAUAUCUUUGAAAAACGUCUGCAAGGUUUUAUCGCUCUUGUUCUCCACCAUCACGGUGCUCUACAUGAUCUAUAUCGUGGUCCUGGUCAAGACGGUGUUGCCAGGGGGCACCUUCAUGUUGCCAUUUCUCCAGCCGAAGGAGUUAGAGGAAGGACCAUGUGAAGGCACCAGGUCGAGCGAGACCAUCGUGAAGGUGAAAGACAGCCAGACGUAUCUCGUAGCUGCCUACCUAGACCUGCGGGGCAGCAGCGUCGUCCGGAUCAUUGGAAUUACGUACAGGUACGAGCGGGAUCUCCUGUACUGCGACUUUUGCUUCAACAAGACCAACGGCACCGCGUUGGCCGACCUCCAGAUCCAUAGCGAUCACUUUGAGUUCCCGUACGGCACCGCCGACCUGCUCUGUGAUCUGAAAGGCGACCGGAUCCCCCAAUAUGUCUCCAUACACCGUGAGGGCGAGCCGCAGGCCACCGUCUUACAGAUCAGGAACAUCGACGCGCCCGUGGAGUUUGAAUACGACUUCCUCAUGUGCAUCUCCGCCAUGUUUGGAUCCUACAACAAUGUCUUGCAGUUCAUUCAGUCGAUGGAGAUGUAUCAGAUCUUAGGGGUCCAGAAGGUUAUUAUCUAUCACACGGACUCCAGUCCGUUAAUUAGAAGAGUAAUGGCCCAUUACAUGAAAGAGGAAUUUCUGGAACUGAUCUCAUGGCCCAUAACGUCGUUCCUGAACGUGUCGUCUGGGUGGCAUUACCCCGAGCAUCCAGGAGAACUUCACUACUACGGGCAGACGGCGGCUUUGAAUGACUGCCUCUACCGCCACAUGUACAGAAGCAGAUACAUCUCUCUGAACGACAUCGACGAACUCAUCCUACCCGCCAUACACAAAGACUGGCGUGAAAUGAUGGACUUCCUCCAGCAGCCGAACCCCUCCGUAAGCGUCUUCGAAUUCGAAAACCACGUCUUUCCGACGGCCCUGCAGGACAAAAAGAACCCUUCCACCCCCGAGGAAUGGAACUCCGUUCCGGGAUUAAACAUUCUGAAGCACGUCUAUCGGGAACCCAACGUGCCCGACGAGAUAAACCCCACGAAGAUGAUCGUCAACCCCAGAGACGUGGUCAGAACCUCCGUUCACGUUCCCCUGGACUUUUACGGCGAAAAGUACCAGGUGCCCAGCGAUUUUGCCCGACUUUGUCACUACCGGCAACCCAAACAAAAAGACCUGGGGGAGGACAUGCUUAUUAAAGACGACAUCAUGGCGAAAUACGAAAACGUCUUGGUCGAGAGAGUCAACGGAGUGCUACAGAAAGUCGGCCUUCUAAAAACUAUUCCGAAAAACCGCAGACAAUGAACGAGCCGGAAGAAAAGC